AUGGAUUUGAACAACAACUUCACCGGAGCUUCAAGGCCCUCCCCGACAUCCUCGACUGACAUGGAGCAGAUGUCGGAGACCCCACAGCGCGGGUCCCACCACCGCCGAGCCCACUCCGACACCUCCUUCCGCAUCCCCAACUUCGACGACCUCCUCCUCUUCGACCCUUCCGACCUCGACCUCUCCUGCCUCCCCUCCCCAACCAUCCUGCCACGUAGUAGCAACCCAAUGACCCAGGACUCCGACGACUCCUCCGGCCCACCCAACCCCUUCCCGAGCUCCAGGCCCGGCGGCCCCUCCACCGCAUCCGCUGCCCACCUCCGGAGCCUCUCCGUCGACUCCGACUUCUUCGACGGCCUCGGCCUCGGCGCCGGAGGAGACUCCGGCAGAGAAGCCCUUGUGGGGCAGAGGUCUGGGUCCCACCACAGGCACAGCAACUCAAUGGACGGCUCCUUUACGCCGUCGUUUGAGGCGGACUCGCCUGUGAUCGUGGUGGACGGUAUCAAGAAGUCCAUAGCUCCUGAGAGACUUGCUGAGCUCUCUCUUAUUGACCCGAAGAGAGCUAAAAGGAUUUUAGCCAAUAGACAAUCUGCUGCGCGGUCGAAGGAGAGGAAGGUGAGAUAUACCAAUGAGCUGGAGAGGAAGGUGCAGACGCUUCAGACAGAGGCAACAACCCUAUCAGCACAGGUCACUCUGUUACAGAGGGACACUACUGUUAUAACUGCUGAGAAUAAGGAGCUCAAGCUUCGCUUACAGGCUAUGGAGCAACAAGCACAACUAAGAGAUGCCUUGAAUGAAAAACUUAAGGAGGAGGUUCAGCGGCUUAAGAUUGAAACCAACCAAAUCCCACCUGGGAAUGGAAACCCUUUCUACAGAGGGCUCCCCCCUCAAUAUGCCGCCCCUCAGUCGUCCUCACAUCAUCAGCUUGGUAGCGGCCAGACCCAGCAGCACCAUCACAUGCUUCACAACCAGGCUGUUUCCAAUGGACAGGCUCGCCCGAGCUUCAUGGACUUCAACCAGCGGGCCUAG